UCUCUCUCUCUCUCUCUCUCUCUCUCUCUCUCUCUCUCUCUCUCUCUGCAGGAUCAGGAUCAGCUGUUCCCCUGCCAGACUGUCAACACACACAACAAUGGCGGGCGGUGUUGGCAAGGUAGAGCCUCGCCACUCGUCCCCUGUACCCUCUCUGCCGCCCACCCUGCAGCGAGUACUCCCCAGAACCCUGCCAGGACCUGUCAGCCCGCAAAACAAGGGCGCGCUUGACUGGGGAUGGCAGGGGUUCUUGGCGUAUGGGGCGCAGACUACAGUGGUGGUGGUGGACCCUGUUACCCUACAGUGUGCUCAGACGCUUUCCAAACACCGCUCCCACAUCGUAAAGGUGCGUUGGCGUAAGACUCGGCACUACCACCAGCUGAGUGCCCCCUACACCCUGGUGCUGGCCUCGGCUGACAGCGGCGGCAGCAUUGUGGUGUGGGAUGUGGUGCGUGGUGAGGCCCUGGCAACACUGCAGGAUGGGACCAAGCCUGUGCUGGAGCUGGAGUGGCUGGGGGGCAUGGACGGAAGCGAGCACCUCCUGGCAGCCCUCCACCCCCCCUACUCCCUGGUGCUGUGGGACACUCGCCACAGCACGAAGGUUUGGCGGAAGAGUUACACAGAGCCACUGACAGCCUUCCACUUUGACCCGUUCCAUGCCUCCAAGAUGGCCUUCCUGUGCUCUGGGUGUGUUCUAUUUGUCGAAGAUUUUAACCUCGUCAAGUGCCCCUCGUCAAAUGGGAGAAAAUUCUACGUUUCCGCGCCCCGCACCAGCCCAGGCCGGGGCGGGGCGGGGCAGGGGUCUUCCGCCGCCCCAACAGGCCCCUCCGCACCCCCUGGCACUGGUGGGGGGGCCGGGGGUAGCCUGGAUGAGCGGACAAGUUCAAGAAUACGAAGGAAGAUGAGGGAGUUGGUUGUAGGAGAGGUCAAGCCAAGCACAAGAGGCGACGAGGGUAGCCAGCUGGUUGAGUGUCUACAGCUGGCUUACCACCGCACCGUCCAAGACCAGCUUCUGUUACUGUACGCUCGGGAAAUAUUAAUUCUCGACCUUACCAUCAAUCAGACUGUGGGAAUUGUGGCAGUCGAUCGUGUAUCUCCGUUUUGCCAGGUGUUGUCUUGCUGGCGUCGAGAUGUGUUGCUCUGUUUGCACGAGUCGGGGUCCGUGUCGGCACAUUUCAGAAGGCGUCUCCUCCCCCUGGGCCCCACCUCCCCUGAUGAGUCGUCUGGGGGUGCGGGUGUGGAGCAGCAGCAGCAGUACUAUGAGGUGAUGUACGACAGGAAGUGCCACUCGGAACCUCUGCGUUUGAACAGACUCAGCCGUGCCAUUGGCUUCACUCUCGACCCUGUCACCGAGAGGCAGAUUGCAUUAGUCCUGGGGGAUGGACGAGUGGUCUUUAAACAGCUGCAGGUCUCCCCUACCCCCGGCAAACAGACAAUCAGCACCCCUCUCUUCACCCCUGGUCACCCCACCCCCCCAGUCGUCCCCCCACAGGCCCCACAGACUCAGAGUGGCCUUACUAUUACCGACGACCACUUUGGGGGGCUGGCCGGGGCUGGGGGGCCUGGGGGUGGUGCUGGGGUGUCUCAGUCCCCCCCACUGCUGCCUAAAAUGACUCUGGGGGAUUUGGUGAAGCCUGCCUGGGCCCUGACGGAGAAUUUCAAGGACACCCCCAGCGCCAGCCACCGCGUCACCCUGCGCCUGAUAAUGACCGGCCUGAUGCCCUCAGUCUCCCCGCCCCCCUUGGUGGUGAGGAUGUGCCCCCCGCUCACCACACGCAACAUGCAUCAUUAUGUUCCCCGCCUGGCCGCUGGCACUCAGUCUGGCGCUGUGCAGGUGUUCAAUAUGGCGACUGGCAUGCUGGAGAGAGAGUUUGCCCUUCAUACGUACCCUGUCAGAGGCGUGGAGUGGGCCAGCCUGUCAUCCAUCCUCUCCUUCGGUCACCAGCCACUCACCAACACCCAGGGCUUGGUGAGGAAUGAGUUAACCUACACAGACAUCCUCACAGGUCGAUCCACUCCCCUUAGAAGUAACAAGGGGGAAGAAUCCAGCAUUGAUAUGGUGCGAGUGUCCUAUUUAAAACAAUACUUCCUGGUGGUGUUGCGAGAGGAGCCCCUGGAAUUGUGGGAUGCUCGCCGUCUGGUGCCUCUGAGAACAAUGCCACGACGUUUCCCCAGAGUGUCCGCCCUGGAGUGGUCCCCUACCAGUCACGUGAAGGCCCGGCUCUCCUCCGAAGGGGCUGAGGGGGCUGGGAAGGAUAUUAUGGGGGACUCCACUCUGUCGCUGGUGGAUGUGGGCACCACCACCACCAUCACCACCGCUGCCACCACCACCACCACUACCACCACCACCAGCAUUGCCAAGGAGACAUUCGUAUUUACAGACACCGAGGGACAGUUGUAUCAUUUCUCGGUGGAGGGAAACGUGAUCAAAGAUGGGAGUAAAGUGCCCCCGGAUUCGCAGAUGAGCAGCAUAACCUCAAUCGCCUGGAAGAGCCACGAGAUAGUGUUAAGUGAUGCUGACGGGAACCUUACAGUGUGGGAUCUUAAGACACGCAUCUCUCGCCACAUCGCCACACACCGGGGCUGGGUCAGAAAGGUCCGUUUUGCUCCAGGGCGGGACAACAUGAAGCUACUGGUCCUCUUCGCUGAUGGCCUUGAUAUUUGGGAUGUCCGAGAUGUGGUGUUGGUGAGCCAGAUAAAAACGCCGCGGGACAUGGUGAAGGUGGUGGACGCAGACUGGGGUGCCUCGGACCGACCCGUUCUGGCGACAGUGGACGGUUGCCUGAGGGUGAUGGAUAUGGCAAUGCGUGCCUCUAACUCACCCCUCCAUACCUACUGCACUAAGGAGGCCAUAGUGUCACCAUACCUGCUGAGUGGCGAGGCGUCUCUCAUGCGCACUCUCCUCACACACCAGCCAUGGCGACCCCAGUACACCCUCGCCUUCUCCACAGAUGACGGCUUUACCCCUGACCAGCUGCAGUGUAUUGACGUGUGGCUUUCACGCAUCCCUAAGGAGGUGCGAGAGUAUUUGGAGCAGUGUGACUCAACAGCUCACCGCGCCCUGGUCACGCAGCUGUUUGGUGACCAGGGGGAGCUUGACUUCUGGACGGUUGCCUCACAUUACCUCGCACACCCACCCCUCCCGGCCGCCAAGGACGAGAGCAGCAGCAGCAGCAGCGUGGGGAGUGCUGAGCUGCUGACAUUCGGAGAGUCAGCGUCAGUCAGCGGAGAGGACGUCCCAUGCGCCCCGUGCCCCCAGUCAGCAUCCACCCUGGCCCCCCCUGCCACCUCCACCCCCUCCCUGCCACCCACUCACCCCCUGGAGACCACCUACCAUUAUCUGUGUGAUGCUGCCACUUAUAAGCACCACGAACUGGAACGCCUAGCUAUACACGAAAGCAAGGGGUUGGAGGGGGAACAGCGGACAGCCCUAGGGAGGAGCCUGGCCAGUGGGGAGAGGGAUCGUGCUGUGAGGCUUCUGUUGGAUGCAGAUGCCUCACACACACACUUCUACACUGACUGUCUGCGUGCGUGCCUCCUGUCGGCCACACACCAUUCACCGCAAGCCCAGUCCACUAUUAAACUUGUGGCCACUAACCUUAUUGCUGCUGGAAAUGUGUCGGAAGGCGUGGAGCUACUGUGUCUGAUCGGCAAGGCAGGGGAUGCUUGCCGAUAUCUCCAGUCAUAUGGUCAAUGGCUGCCAUCUGUGUGGCUGGCCAAGUGUGCCCUCCCAGUGUCCGAGAGUGUGGAUAUACUGAAGCGUUGGGCCCACCACCUCAUCACCACUGGCAAUAAGGACCAGGGUGUGUGUGUGUUACUGUCGGUGGGAAACAUGACAAACGCAGUGGAACAGUUGGUACAGCAGCACUACCACCAGAGGGCUGCGCUGUUCCUCUCUGCCGCCACACACCUGCACACCACCACACCACCACCGCCGCCACCACCACAGCCUCCGCAGCCACAACCACAGCCAGCCUCGUCAUUCACUUCAAGCUUCUCUCCUGUUUUGUCCUCCUCCUCUUCUUCACUGGCUUCACUCACAGAGAAUAUUCAUAGGAAGUAUGUUCUGCAUCUGUACAGUCUCGGCAAUCGUCCAGCUGUGGCACAUUUCUGCAGACUGCUGGGGGAGAAGGGCCAGGCACUACUGCAGGAGCUGGAGGCCCUGCAGUAGUGGUGGUGGUGGUGGUAGUGAGACAGAGAGAGAGAGAGAGAGAGGUAGAAUGAAAAUAAAAAGAAAGAAAUAUAUAUAAAGAGAGAGAGAGAGAGAGAAAGUGUGU